UGCAGGUGCAGCCGCGGAGCCAGCGGGCAGAGUGAAGCCGUUAGCGCGCGCGUGGCUGUGCGUCCGUCCGUCGGGGACCUCUAAGUCCGCGCGUCGGUGGGUCGGCGAGGCGCAGCUAGCGCGCAGCCCCAGCGGCUCCGGCCCCUUGUUGACCCGCACUGCAGCCGCCCGGCAGAGCCGGCUUUGGCGCGGCAGCCAUGUCCAUGGGCCUGGAGAUCACGGGCACUUCUCUGGCGAUGCUGGGCUGGUUGGGCACCAUCAUAUGCUGCGCGCUGCCCAUGUGGCGCGUUUCGGCCUUCGUGGGCAGCAGCAUCAUCACGGCGCAGAUCAUCUGGGAGGGCCUGUGGAUGGACUGCGUGGUGCAGAGCACCGGCCAGAUGCAGUGCAAGAUGUACGACUCGCUGCUGGCGCUGCCGCAGGACCUGCAGGCGGCCCGCGCGCUCCUCAUUGUCGCCAUCCUGCUGGGCGCCGUCGGGCUCCUCGUGGCACUCGUGGGUGCCCAGUGCACCACCUGCGUGCAGGACGACACGGCUAAGGCCAAGAUCACCAUUGUGGCGGGCGUGCUCUUCCUGCUGGCCGCCUUGCUGACCCUGGUGCCGGUGUCCUGGUCCGCGAACACCAUCAUCCGGGACUUCUACAAUCCGCUGGUGCCAGACUCGAAGAGGCGCGAGAUGGGCUCGAGCCUUUACGUGGGCUGGGCGGCGACGGCGCUGCAGCUGCUGGGGGGCGCGCUGCUCUGCUGCUCCUGCCCGCCGCGUGAUAAUUAUGCACCCACCAAGAUCCACUACACAGCGACGCGCUCCGGACCACCGUACACUGCCCCCAGCACAGCCUAUGACCGCAAGGACUACGUCUGAGGGGGCAGGUGAGGGGAGAUCCACCGCCGCAGCCACCACCACCACCACUAGCUGGAGCACCCACCAGUCCAACCGCAGCCUUGCAUCAGAGGCCAGCCCACCCCAGGUGCCAGGCAGCUCUCUGAGUGGACUGGGAAGGCCAACCCGGCGCCCCAACCCCAGCUGCCACCCCUCCGCGGGUCUGGGAGCGGAACUGCAGAGAGCUCCUAUGGACAAAGAAACCUCGCUCUCUGGAGCACUGGGCUGAAGUGGCUUGCUCCAGCCCCACUUGGGCCUGCAGCCCCAACGUUCCUCUGGCAGGGACUGGCAGCCUUGAAAAGGGCCACUUGAUAUUUUUCAAUA